AUGGAUAAUAACAGUGAGGAGAACAUUCCUACUCACGCAAUCUACACGGAUGGAUCUAAAACAAAAGACUGUGUUGGUGCGGCCUUUGUUCAUUUUAACUCAAGGACGAAAACAUUCAUCCACAAAGAAGGCUUCAAUCUUGCUUCAUUCUGCUCAAUCACCCAAGCAGAACUUUUUGCCAUCUUUAAGGCCCUUUGUUAUUUAAACCAAAAUAAAAAUUUGACAAGCAAAACUAUAGCCAUCUGCUCCGAUAGUAGAGCUGCACUAAUGAGCAUCUCUAAUUACAAUUCUAGUGACGCAUUGGUUCAACAGAUCAUCACAAAACUCGACAACACAAACAAUAAUGUGCUGUUUUUCUGGAUACCAGCUCACACAGGUAUUACUGGCAACGAGGAGGCGGACCACCUCGCGAAAGAGGCUGGUAAGAAAAGCACUAAUCCGGACUAUGACAUCAUACCAAUGGUUUCCAGGAAAAGGUUGAUUUGGAAUACCUUGGUGCAAACUUGGCAGAGGUUAUGGGACGAGGGAGAAACCGGCAGGCUUACUUACGGUUUCUUCCCAAAGAUUUUGGACAGAUUAGGGAAUAGACACUUUUCGAUCAACUUUCUCACUAGCCAAUUGUUUACUGGCCACGGAAAUUUCUUACAGUAUUUGUGCCGCUUCAAACACAGUGAAACGCAGUAUUGCAGUUGCGACAACACAUCAACACAAGACUCUUUACAUCUCAUUUUUGACUGUAGACAUUACAAUCGCCAAAGAGAAAAACUUAUGCAGACUGUUCUUCUAGAAGGAGCCAAUUGGCCCUGUCGUCACAACAUUCUUGUGAAUAAUGAAACCAUUUACAAAGAACUUAUCAACUUUGUGAACAGUACGGGCGCACUGGAUCCUCGUUAA